AUGUGUGACGGCGCCCUGCUGCCUCCUCUCGUCCUGCCCUUGCUGCUGCUGCUGCUUCGCCACGACCUGCGCUUCCUGUCCCGCGGCUUCGAGGUGGAGGAGGCGGGCGCGGCCGGGCGCCGCGGACGGCCCGCCGAGCUGUGCUUCUACUCGGGCCGCGUGCUCGGCCACCCGGGUUCCCUCGUCUCAAUCAGCGCCUGCGGCGCCGGCGGCGGCCUGGUUGGCCUCAUCCAGCUUGGGCAGGAGCAGGUGCUAAUCCAGCCCCUCAACAAUUCCCAGGGCCCGCUCAGCACACGAGAGCACCUGGUCAGGCGCAAAUGGUCCUUGGCACCCAGCCCUUCCACCGAGGCCCAGGUCCCUGGGCAGCUCUGCCAGGUUCUAACAGAAAAGAAGAAGCCAAGGAAGGGCAGGCCGUCCCAGGACUGGCGGGAGCGGAGGAACGCCAUCCAGCUGACCAGCGAGCACACGGUGGAGACGCUGGUGGUGGCCGAUGCUGACAUGGUGCAGUACCACGGGGCAGAGGCCGCCCAGAGGUUCAUCCUCACCGUCAUGAACAUGGUAUACAAUAUGUUUCAGCACCAGAGCCUUGGAAGUAAGGUGAACAUUCAAGUUACCAAGCUCGUCCUGCUACGACAACGGCCUGCCAAAUUGUCCAUUGGGCACCACGGUGAGCGGUCCCUGGAGAGCUUCUGUCACUGGCAGAAUGAGGAAUACGGAGGAGCCCGGUACCUCGGCAACAAUCAGGUUCCAGGAGGGAAGGAUGAUACACCCCCGGUGGAUGCAGCUGUAUUUGUUACCAGGACAGAUUUCUGCGUACACAAAGAUGAACCAUGUGACACCGUUGGAAUUGCUUACUUAGGAGGUGUGUGCAGUGCUAAGAGGAAAUGCGUGCUUGCCGAAGACAAUGGUCUCAAUUUGGCCUUUACCAUCGCUCAUGAGCUGGGCCACAACUUGGGGAUGAACCACGACGAUGACCACUCGUCCUGUGCCGGCAGAUCCCACAUCAUGUCAGGAGAGUGGGUAAAAGGCCGGAACCCCAGUGACCUCUCUUGGUCCUCCUGCAGUCGUGAUGACCUUGAAAACUUCCUCAAGUCGAAAGUCAGCACCUGUCUGCUGGUUACAGACCCCAGGAGCCAGCACGCGCUCCGUCUCCCUCACAAGCUGCCGGGCAUGCACUACAGCGCCAACGAGCAGUGCCAGAUCCUGUUUGGUACCAAUGCCACCUUCUGCAGAAACAUGGAGCAGCAUCUGAUGUGCGCUGGACUGUGGUGCCUGGUGGAAGGAGAUACAUCCUGCAAGACCAAGCUGGACCCUCCCCUGGACGGUACCGAGUGUGGGGCAGACAAGUGGUGCCGCGCAGGGGAGUGUGUGAGCAAGACGCCCAUCCCGGAGCACGUGGACGGAGACUGGAGCCCGUGGGGCGCCUGGAGCAUGUGCAGCCGGACGUGUGGGACAGGAGCCCGCUUCCGGCAGAGGAAGUGUGACAACCCCCCCCCUGGGCCUGGGGGCACGCACUGCCUGGGAGCCAGUGUGGAGCAUGCUGUCUGCGAGAACCUUCCCUGCCCCAAGGGCCUGCCCAGCUUCCGGGACCAGCAGUGCCAGACACACGACCGGCUGAGCAGCAAGAAGAAGGGCCUGCUGACAGCAGUGGUGGUUGAUGAUAAACCAUGUGAACUCUACUGCUCACCCCUCGGGAAGGAGUCCCCGCUGCUGGUGGCCGACAGGGUCCUGGAUGGCACACCCUGCGGGCCCUAUGAGACCGACCUCUGUGUGCAUGGCAAGUGCCAGAAAAUUGGCUGUGAUGGCAUCAUCGGGUCCGCGGCCAAGGAAGACCGGUGUGGGGUCUGCAGCGGGGAUGGCAAGACGUGCCGCGUGGUGAAGGGCGACUUCAGCCACUCUCGGGGCACAGGUUAUAUCGAAGCUGCUAUCAUUCCGGCGGGAGCUCGGAGGAUUCGCGUGGUGGAGGAUAAACCUGCCCACAGUUUUCUAGCUCUGAAAGAUACCAAUAAGAGAUCCAUCAACAGUGAUUGGAAGAUAGAGCUCCCUGGAGAGUACCAGAUUGCAGGCACAACUGUGCGCUACGUUAGAAGGGGCCUGUGGGAGAAGAUUUCUGCCAAGGGACCAACCAAGAUACCACUGCAUCUGAUGGUGCUGUUAUUUCAUGACCAAAAUUAUGGAAUCCAUUACGAGUACACUGUUCCUGUCAACUACACUGCGGAAAAUCAGAGUGAACCCGAAAAACCCCAGGACUCUUUGUUCAUCUGGACCCACAGCGGCUGGGAAGGGUGCAGCGUGCAGUGUGGAGGAGGGGAACGCAGAACCAUCGUGUCCUGCACGCGGAUUGUUAAUAAGACCACAACUCUGGUGAAUGACAGUGACUGUCCUCAAGCAAGCCGCCCAGAGCCCCAGGUCCGAAGGUGCAACUCACAUCCGUGCCAGUCACGGACCCCCACCUGCUCUGAAGCCCUGGCAAUACCAUAGAGAUGCAACAGAGGCGAC